CUGCAGUUGGGAGUGAACUGUUGAAGCAUUCAGAUCCGAAUCAGUGAAUCUGCUCACCAGCCCGAGCCGAGCGGCUGAGAGGACAUCUGCCUUUUACGCGCUCAGAGAAUUGGCACUCACUCAACCACAGGGACCAUGAUGAGAGGGAUCAAAUAAGUAAAAAAAAAAAAAAAGCCUUGGAUCUUUGCAUUUAAGUUUGAAUAAUUAUUAGAAACAAGAAGUUACAACAAUGAGGGGAUUUACACCUUUCUUCAUCAAUGUGUUCAUGCUUGCGCUCCUCGUCGCCACCGUCUCUACAACCAAGAUAAACGUGCCAAGACUGAGGCUAUCCUUUAAAGACCUGCUGUCCACCAACCGGUCAUCCAUAUUCAGCGGGUACGAUGGUCAGCUCUCUCUUAGCGCUCUCUUUCUGGAUGAGUACCGCGAUCGACUCUUUCUGGGGGGGAAAGACGUCCUGUACUCCCUCAUGUUGAGUCCCAUCAGCAGUGAAUCUAAAGAGAUCUACUGGCCCCCGUUACCUGGAAACAGAGAAGAUUGCAUCCAGACAGGGAAGGAACAGACAGAGUGUGCCAACUUUGUCCGCCUUCUGCAGCCUUACAACCGCACCCACCUGCUGGCCUGUGGCACCGGUGCCUUCCAGCCCAUGUGUGCCUUCAUCUCUGUGGGCCACAGAGGAGAGCAUGUGUUCACAAUGGAUCCAAAGAAUGUGGAGAGCGGACGAGGAAAGGUUCCACAUGACCCCAACUUCCCAUUUGCCAGCACCUUCAGUGGUGGAGAACUAUAUACAGGACUGACGGCAGAUUUUCUUGGAAGAGACUCUGUAAUCAUCAGGAGCAUGGGGGGUCGCACCACCAUGAGGACAGAGACUGACCAGAAACUACUUCAUAACCCCAAGUUUGUUGCUGCCCACCUCAUCCCGGACAACGAUGACCGAGACAAUGACAAAGUGUAUUUCUUCUUCACCGAGAAGGCUUCAGAGGAGGGGGACAGGGAGGAGGCCAUACAUGCACGAGUCGGUCGAGUGUGUGCGAAUGAUAUUGGAGGCCAGAGAGUUCUGGUCCAUAAGUGGAGCACCUUCAUAAAAGCAAGACUAGUCUGUUCUGUCCCAGGACCUCAUGGCAUCGACACACACUUCAACCAGCUCGAGGAUGUUUUCCUGCUGAGGACCAAGGAUGUGAGAAACCCAAUCAUCUAUGCAAUUUUCAGCACCAUCAGUAAUGUGUUUCAGGGCUUUGCUGUGUGUGUGUAUCGCAUGGCUGACAUCAGAGAAGCUUUCAACGGACCUUUUGCUCAUAAAGAGGGUCCCAACUAUCAGUGGGGUCCUUAUGAAGGCAAAGUACCUUAUCCAAGACCAGGAGUGUGCCCUAGUAAAAUCACCAAUCAGCCUGGCAGAGAGUUCGGCAGCACGAAGGACUUCCCAGAUUCGGUGCUGCACUUUGCUCGCAGUCACCCGUUGAUGUGGCGGUCGGUGUACCCGGCCCUACGCCAGCCGGUACUUGUAAAGGCCAACAUUCCCUACAAGCUGACGCAAAUUGUGGUCGACAGGGUUGAGGCAGAAGACGAGCAGUAUGAUGUCAUUUUUAUUGGUACAGAUGUUGGUAAAGUGUUGAAGGUAAUCGCGCUGCAUUCUGGAAACAGUUUAGAAACGGAAGAGGUCACGCUGGAGGAGCUACAAGUCUUCAAGGCACCAACUCCAAUUACAUCAAUGGAGAUAUCUGUGAAAAGGCAAGCCCUGUAUGUGGGCUCUCCAGCAGGCGUGGCGCAGGUGAAGCUGCAUCACUGUGAGACUUAUGGGAAAGUCUGCGCUGAGUGCUGCUUAGCCAGAGACCCUUACUGUGCCUGGGAUGGAUCGUCCUGUACACGGUUCGUUCCUAACAGCAAGCGCCGCUACCGAAGGCAGGACAUCCGGCAUGGAAACCCUGUUCUGCAGUGUGUGGAUCAGAAUCUGAGCGAUCUGGAUGUGACAGAAGACAAAGUGGUUUAUGGGACUGAGAAGAACAGCACCUUCCUGGAGUGUGUUCCUCGCUCACCACAGGCUGCAAUCACAUGGCUAGUCCAACAGGAAGACCGCAAAGAAGAGGUGAAGUUGGACGAUCGUGUGAUGUCAACAGAACAGGGUUUGCUGUUCCGUCAUCUCUUCCGUCAGGAUGAAGGCGUGUACAUCUGCCGCUCUCGGGAGCACGGCUUCACGCAAACACUGGCUCGCAUCACCCUGGAAGUCCUCCAGGGGGACACUGUGGAUGAGCUCAUGGCACGUGACAACUCGGGGCUCUCUGACACGUUCAAAGACCGGUCCGCAGGAAGCUACAGGCCCUGGAUGCCUUGCAACACUUACAGCAGGGGCGGCUCACCGAGCCAAAUCGGCCAAUCACGCACAUGGUUCAAGGACAUCAUGCAGCUCAUCGGGCCAUCAAACCUGCCACACGUGGAGGAGUACUGUGAGAGGAUGUGGUGCAAUGACAAGAUCCGGAGGAAACACAAGGGCAUGUUGGAGAAAUAUCGCCAAGCACAAGAGAGUGCUAGGAAGGCUCGUAGCAAGAGCUCUGGUGAACGUAACCGGACCCCACGAGACCUAAGAACCUGGGAGGUUUAACAUGAAAAAAAAAAAAAAAUUGUAAUUAUGGUUUUAGGACUGAAUCACAAAGUCAAAAACUAGCUCAAAAUUUUUAUUUAAAAAUAAUUUUGUAGAUGAGUCUGUUUUGGCCUUAAAGGGAACAAUUAAAAAAAAAAUAAAAAAAAAUAAAAAAUGGAAAAACUUAUUUAGAUU